GGACUCUUGAGCUUGAGCAUUUGGAGAUUCGAGUGCCACUUUUCUCGCCAUGACUGUUUCGUAUACGAGUGAGGUCGCGGAUUGUCGGGGUUUUGGAAAUUUCUGGAAGCUUCUGUUCAGGUGGAGAGGGAGUGUCUACAAGCUAGUCUGGCAGGAGCUGUUCCUCUACGCUACCAUCUACUUCUCUUGUUCAGGAAUCUACAGAUUUGUCUUGAAUGAACCAUACAGAAGAGCCUUCGAGAAAGUGUCCCUCUACUGCACCUACUUCAGCGACUUGAUUCCCGUGUCCUUCGUGCUGGGCUUCUACGUGAGCAUCGUCAUCCAGAGGUGGUGGGCGCAGUUCGAGUGCAUCCCGUGGCCAGAGACCAUCGCCCUGGUCGUGUCCACAGCUAUCCAGGGACAUGACGACCGCGGCCGACUCAUGCGCCGUACCAUCAUGCGUUACGUGAACCUGGCUUUCACGUUAACACUGCGCAUGAUCACUCCACGAGCCAAGAAGCGCUUUCCAACCCUCGACCACAUGCAGGAGGCUGGGUUAAUGACCUCAUCCGAGAGAAAGAUCUUCGAAGCCAUUAGCAAGGUCACCCCCCAUCCCAUGUAUUACCUGCCUCUGGUAUGGACGGGCAGCGUGGUAUCGAGAGCGAGGGCGGAAGGGCGUGUCCGGGAUGACUUCGCGAUGAAGACGAUUAUCGACGAAUUAAACGACAUCAUGAGAAAACUCGGCGACCUCCUGAGCUACGACUGGAUCAGUGUGCCUCUUGUCUAUACGCAGGUGGUGAGCCUCUCCGUCUACUCCUUCUUCAUCGCCACCAUCAUGGGCAGGCAAUUCCUCGACCCGACCAAGAAUUAUCCGAACAACAGCAUCGACUUCUACAUUCCUGUGUUCACUUUCCUGCAGUUCUUCUUCUACAUGGGAUGGCUCAAGGUAGCCGAAACCCUCAUCAACCCAUUCGGAGACGAUGACGACGACUUCGAAGUCAACUGGCUCAUCGACCGAAAUAUCCAGGUAUGCUACCUCAUCGUGGACGAGAUGCACAACGAGCACCCUGACCUCGUUCAAGACCUGUACUGGGACGAAAUCUUCCCUCCUGAACUGCCCUAUACCUAUGCCUCAGAGCAGUACCGACGUGGGCCUCCUAUGGGUAGCACCGCCAACCUUGUCAUACCGCAGGAGGAACAGGAGAUUUUGCCCGUGUUGGACGAGGUGCCUGAGGAAGGGGAUGUCGAACAGAGAAGAGGAUCCAUCAUGUCAACUCGAUCACUGAAGACAGGGAGAAGGAGCUCGAUGUAUGUGUUCCAGCAACGUCUCAAAUCUUCAAGUAAUCCAGAAUAUAUUCUUAUGGAAUAUUUGCUGAAUAUUUCCAUAUCAAGUGUUCAAGAGUCAUAA